AGGCAUGCAGCUUCUACAAACAUUUGUGAAUGAAUGGGUUGCUCUCAGGAGCUCAGUGAAUUCAAGCGUGGUACCGUGAUAGGUUGCACUUGUGCAAUAAGUCCAUCUGUGACAUUUCCUGGCUACUAAAUAUUCCACGGUCAACUGUUAGUGGUAUUAUAACAAAGUGGAAGCAACUGGGAACAACAGCAACUCAGCCACGAAAUGUGGUAGUCCACGUAAAAUGACAGAGCGGGGUCAGCGCAUGACGAAGCGCACAGUGUGCAGAAGUCGCCAACUGUCUGCAGAGUCAAUAGCUAAAGACCUCCAAACUUCAUGUGGCCUUCAGAUUAGCACAACAACAGUGCGUAUAGAGCUUCAUGGAAUGGGUUUUCAUGGCCAAGCAGCUGCAUCCAAGCCU